GUAACCAGUGUGACACGGAAAACAGCUGAGUUGUCUGACUCAGUUCGAUUUAAACCAGUAGAGGAAACACUAUUGUUCGUCGUUUGUUGAUGAACGAGGGUAAAAUUAUGAAUUAAAUCCCAUAAAAUCGACUCCAUUGGACACCAAAUAUGAACAGAAAACGGGGGCUGAUUUCAGACACAUUCAAAGUGAAGAAAAGAAGAAUUGGCUCAGAGAAGUUUGGAACCGCCAGGGUUAGAGAUGAACCAACUGAUAUCAAAUCCACACUGGAGUACAUCAUGACACUGUUUCCCAGGAAGAUUUUCAAUGAUGCCUUGCCAAAAAUUGUACUUAAGCAUCAACUCUACAGUUUACACAACGAUAAGACACUAGUCGACAAGGAGGUGAACAAACUGCGAGAAAAAGCAGAGCUGUUGAUGUUCCAGCUCGGGUUUGAUACAGAAGCCUUUGGGCUGACUUUUGCUUCCGACUACAAGGCCAAAGUGCUGGCAGGAGAAGAGGGCAAAGUGACUCGGGCGACAGUCGAAAAAUUUCUGGAGAAGUUGCUGACAUCUUCCUGUAUUGAUCUUAGCUUCAGUAAAGACAAAAUGCUCAGAGAGUUCCUCUUCACAGACUCAGAGAUAACGCAGCUGGUAAAGUCAGGGGUCCUGACUGUGAGGGAUGCAGGCAGCUGGUGGCUGUCCAUUCCUAACUCUGGCAAAUUCACCAAAUAUUUCAUACAAGGUCGUAAAGCUGUGCUCGGCAUGGUGAAAAAGUCCAAAUACGGCGAGGUCCUGCAAGCCGAGCUGGAAGGACGAAGGACGACGUCACAAGUCAAAUUUCACAUGAAAUAUCAUAUUCAUGACAUUGUGGGUGCAGAUUUGGUGAAAAGCAUAUCAACAACUUCAGGAACAUUGUUGAGAUUUGUCGACUCCUGAGAAACUGAGAUGAGAAACAGUUGAGGUGGGACAGAUUUCAACGGUCAGUUUGUGAUGAACUAAAGACACUGGGUUUUAGAAGAUCAAUAUGGCUGAAGAAAUGUUUGGAUAAAGACUGAAAUGAAUUUAAUGUUAAAAAAGACCUUUAUAUUUUGUUUGCCAAAUUAUGUGUAUAAAAACCUUAUAGGUUUAUGUAUUGUCAGUCAACUUGUUGACACAGCUUGACUUACAACAAAUAUUUUUUCCAUGAAAUGUUAUUUAUAAAUAUGUGCCUGUCAUUAAAUGCUGUGUUUCAACUGG